UAUCCCCUCCACAGUCCACACCAAUUUCUCAUUACAGUACUACUGUUACUGUUGAACCAAAACCCAGGCAUGGAAGAGAUCAAGCACAGCCAUGUCCAAGUCAGGGGGCUCAAUCUUCACCUCGCCGAGAUCGGCACUGGUUCUGAGGUUGUGCUUUUCCUACAUGGAUUCCCUGAGAUAUGGUACACCUGGAGGCAUCAGAUGGUCGCCGUCGCGAAAGCUGGGUACAGGGCCAUUGGCUUCGAUUUCAGGGGCUACGGGCUCUCCGACCAGCCGGCGGAGCCCGACAAGGCUAACUUCCUCGACUUCCUUCACGACACCAUUGCCUUGCUGGACCUUCUCGCCAUCCCCAAGGUGUACCUGGUCGGAAAGGACUUCGGAGCGAUCGUGGGAUCCAUGGUGGCGGCCGCACACCAAGACCGGGUGGGCGGCUUCAUCACCCUGGGCAUCCCUUUCUUGCUACCAGGUCCAGACGGCAUCAGGAAUCACCUCAUGCCCAACGGCUUCUACAUCAACAGGUGGCAGGAGCCCGGGAGGGCCGAGGCCGAUUUUGGGAGGCUACAAGUGAAGACAGUGAUUAAGAACAUCUACACUCUCUUCUCUGGUUCCGAGCCACCGGUGGCUCGAGACGACCAAGAGAUCAUGGACUUGGUCCCGCUGUCCGCUCCUCUGCCGCCGUGGUUCUCCAACGAGGACCUUCAAGCUUAUGCUUCCUUGUACGAGAAGUCAGGGUUUCGUGUCGCUCUCCGGGUUCCAUACAGGACGCUGGGGAUGGAUUGUGGGAUACGUGACCCAAAAGUCACGGCUCCUUCGUUGCUGGUCAUGGGGGAGAAGGACUACGUCCUCAAGUUUGCUGGAAUGGAAGACUACAUAAGGAGUGGGGCGGUGAGGCAAUUCGUGCCCGAUCUGGAGAUCGUCUUCCUGGAAGACGGCAACCAUUUUUCUCAGGAGAAGCUUCCGGAGAAGAUUAAUGAACUCAUCAUCGGCUUCCUCGACAAGUACAAGAAGAACUGAAGAACAAGGAGGUGGUGGUGGUGGUGGUGGUGUUUUCAAGCACCCGAUGUGUUGGUGCAGAUCGAAGAUUAUCUGUUAAGGUUUCUUUGCCAAGAAACCAAGCUUUUCAAAUACCUUAUUUAGCUGCAACCUUCCUUCUGUUACGUUCUAAGAGAUGCUGAUAGAUUUAAGGAAUCGUAACUCUAUUAUUGAUGAUACUCGCAAAUGCCAAGAUUUAAGCAAGUUAUUGUACUAUGAUACAUUUUUUUUUUUUAUCUAACAAAGAAACAUCUUACACAAGAUUCAGUUCCAAUAUGAUCCAAGUGGGUUCUCCUACUCAAUCAAGUUCAUAACCUGGGAAUCUGGACUUGAGCGGGUCAAUCAUAUCUAGAUGAAGAUAGGCCAUACCUCCAAUCCCUUCAAAAAGUGAGUGAGGGCUAUCACCUCCUUGCAUCUCUCCUGCUGAUAUGAGUUUGUGAGCUCUGUCAAGUAAAAAGCAAGCAAAUGCUUUUCCUCUGUAAAUGAACUGGUGGUUGCCUGUCAUUCGGUACAGUGAGAGGAAAACAUAGGCAUUCCCACUAAUGCCAUGGCACAUUCCAACUCGCUUCAGCAACCCCCGGUUCCAUAUUAACUCUGCUGCAUCCAUGGCGGCUUCCAGGAAAUCCGUGUCUCCAAAAACCUGAUAUUCAAAAACACGUGUGCGAUAAAAGGCCUAACCAAAGUCAUUUCUAGAUGAAAAUUAGUUACAAACAAUGGCAUAUAGUUCGUGAUUCUGAGUCAUUUGCCACUUUUCCAAGUACAUCGGCUACAGGAUUUCAUGAGUCGGGGCCUACGUUCAUACAUAGCAACAUCAAAGGAUAAAUGAUGAAUCAUGCCAAAUUAGUAAAUUACAUAAUGAAAGACCACAAUGUAC